UCCAAAAAAGUAUUGGCUGUCUUGAGGAAUGCGGUCGCCCCCUUGGGAAAGUACAUAUCUGGGAUCAGUAGGCGGCUGUGCGCUCGCACUCCGGAUCGGCCUCCCCACCGCGCUCUUGCCUCCCCGCUCCCGCCGCCGCAGCCCCAGGGCCGCUCGCCGCCGCCACCAUGGACGCCAUCAAGAAGAAGAUGCAGAUGCUCAAGCUCGACAAGGAGAACGCCUUGGAUCGAGCGGAGCAGGCGGAGGCCGAUAAGAAGGCGGCGGAGGACAGGAGCAAGCAGCUGGAAGAUGAGCUGGUGUCGCUGCAAAAGAAACUCAAGGGCACCGAAGAUGAACUGGACAAAUACUCCGAGGCUCUCAAAGAUGCCCAGGAGAAGCUGGAGCUGGCGGAGAAAAAGGCCACCGACGCUGAAGCCGACGUAGCUUCUCUGAACAGACGCAUCCAGCUGGUUGAGGAAGAGUUGGAUCGUGCCCAGGAGCGUCUGGCAACAGCUCUGCAGAAGCUGGAGGAGGCCGAGAAGGCAGCAGACGAGAGUGAGAGAGGCAUGAAAGUCAUUGAAAGCCGAGCUCAAAAGGACGAGGAGAAAAUGGAAAUUCAGGAGAUCCAGCUGAAAGAGGCCAAGCACAUCGCUGAGGAUGCCGACCGCAAGUAUGAAGAGGUGGCCCGUAAGCUGGUCAUCAUUGAGAGUGACCUGGAGCGUGCAGAGGAGCGGGCUGAGCUCUCAGAAGGCCAAGUUCGACAGCUGGAAGAACAAUUAAGAAUAAUGGAUCAGACCUUGAAAGCAUUAAUGGCUGCAGAGGAUAAGUACUCGCAGAAGGAAGACAAAUAUGAGGAAGAGAUCAAGGUCCUUUCUGACAAGCUGAAGGAGGCUGAGACUCGGGCCGAGUUUGCGGAGAGGUCAGUAACUAAAUUGGAGAAAAGCAUUGAUGACUUAGAAGAUAAGUCUCUUUGCUUCACUUCUCGCACGACCCCUUCAUCAAGCUGGAUGUCCCUCCUCUCUGAGUUCUGCAGUUUGUCUCUUCUCCAGCUGACCCUGGUUCUUUCUUUCCACAUCCUGCCUUAGGGCCAGGCACACACUGUGCUUCCUAUUGUACAGAAGCUCCUCAUUGCAGUGUAAAAUAAACACUGUGUAAGCUAUUUCUGUUUGCUAUUCUUUUUACUUCUUAUUUAUUGACAUUUUAGUUUCAACACUGAAUAAAACUCCAAAUCUUCAUCACACAUAUGAGGGUUAAUUUUUGGCUGCUGCUUUGCUCUUUUUUUUCUCCCCCCCGAUUCUGAACAUCAUACAUUAAUACCAAAAGACUCUAAAACAGUAGUUCCUUGCGGAACUUUUAAAAAAAUACCCAUGCCUGGGUCCCUCUCAGAGUUUUGGUUUGCAAGCGUUAGAGUGAGGCCUGGGCAUGUGUGUCUUUUUAGGGAUUGAGAUGGCUCUGGUAUGUAGUACGGGUUGAGAACCCGUACUUGUGCUUGUUGGAGCCGGAAGAUCUGCCUUGAGCAGUGCCUUCCUCUGCCAGAUGUUUAGUUGGGAUGUGGUGAGCCCUCUGUGUUGGUGUUUAGAUAGUCCUGCUUGGGAGGGUGUGGCUGCCACCCCACAUUGCUAGGAACUUACAUAUCAGAAAAGGUGAAAAGGAAUGUGGAUUCAAACAGUGUAAGUUGAGGUUAUCGUUGAUCAUCCUUUUACAGCACAAAGAACAGUUAAAGCUUUUUAAAAGUAUAUUCAUUCCUCAGCCACCUUCAUUUUGAUCAUGAAAUGACAUUCUUAGGUUUAAGGAACAUACGAUUAUGUUCAAGUCAAGAUUUAUUUUUGUACUCUUAAGCGCAUCAUGUAUUCCUUAGGAGGGGUUGUACUUAAGUAAAUCUUUGUAGUAAUUAACUUUUUUUUUUUUUUUGUGAACAUCUUUAAAGCAUAGCCAUUAAAGUUGGUUCUUUUUUUUUUACCCCUUAAAAAUAGUAGAGGGCUUCCCUGGUGGCGCAGUGGUUGAGAGUCUGCCUGCCGAUGCAGGGGACACAGGUUCGUGCCCCAGUCCGGGAAGAUCCCACAUGCCGCGGAGUGGCUAGGCCCGUGAGCCAUGGCCGCUGAGCCUGCGCGUCUGGAGCCUGUGCUCCACAACGGGAGAGGCCACAACAGUGAGAAGCCCGCGUACCGCAAAAAAAAAAAAAAAAAAAAAGUAGAAAUUGUUCAGUUAUAGUUUAUCAGUUAUAUUUAUAAAUUCAAAACCAGCAAUUAAGUGAUUUUUUUUAUAACACAUCACAAAAUUAGAACUUAAAAAUGAUGUGGACUUUUAUUUCUUCAUUCCCAAUAUUUCUCCAUCCUCAACAGUCUGGCUAUAUUUCUCCUGUGUUUUAAAUGUGGGUGACCUUCAUCUGUUUGUGUAUAGUUUUUCUUAGCCUAAGAGUGUUUAUAUACCCCUGUAUUCAAGUAAAUUUGGACAAAUUGAAAAUGUCAGUCACUCUACAAAACCUCAGAAGAGAGUAAAAAUACUCUUUUUAAGAGAUAAGUGUAUUUAAUAAUGGUAUAGUGGACUUUUAAAAAUUUAUAAUUUAGACAGUGUCUCUCCCUUGAGAGUGUAAAGUCUUCAGUAAUUUCUUGUUUAUCUUUUCCUAAGGCUUCUUGGGCCUGCUUUUGACUAUGAUUCCUGCCUUGUUCUUUUAAAAUUCAGAGUAAUAGAAGUGGGCCCUUCUCUGAGUAACCCUGCUUUCUGCCACAGAUAAAAUGACAAGUCUGAAAGUUCUGCUGAGCAGAUGUUCAGUUAAUUUUGGAGGCACAUCUGUUUUUUGAAAGCCCUUCUGGAGAUUUUCACACUUCCUAUAAGUAUAUUCUACAAGGGGAAAUGGGAAACUGAUGGAUUGGAAGGCAAAUCUGGAAUAGCCCAAGAAGGUAUGGGUGCACAGGAGGUUAAAUAGCUUUUUGAUUUUAUCAAGAAAUUGUUGGGGCCCAGGCUUCUAGCUCACAGGGUCAGGCCAUAUGUAGAGGCAGCUGCUGCAAGAGCCUUGGUUGGACCAAACCCCAAAAGCAUUGCUUGGCACUAGACAUCCCAGACAUUGGGGAGGUAGAACAGGAGGGAAGAAUACUUGCAAACAUAUAAGUGUUCGAGGCACACCAGUUCCAUGGCAGCUGAAGUGGAGCAGGUCCAAAGGAGGAUGUGGUAGGGACAGCUGUCAUUUAAGCUGCAUUCACAUUGACCCUCUAGAUUCUCUGGGAUUUCUCCAGAGUUCUUCCAUCCCAGUUUGGCUGUACAUUGGCUCAGCAGACUAAGACAUCCUACCUGCCUUUGGUGGUAUCUCCCACGCGAUAGUGUGAAUGUGCUAGUGGGGUAUAGAUUUUGCACCCCUCAAACAUGCAAGAUACCAUGAAAGGUAGGAAGGAUGUGGUAAAGAGAUGAAGCAGAAAUGUUCUUUGCCCUCAGUGAGCUGGCUAUCUUGUGGGAAGAUAGAUGAGGGAAGCAAGUCUGAACUAACAGAUGGUGUGCAUUUAGAGUCAGCAAGGAAUAGAGACAGUGAUUCUGACUGGGCGCUCCCUGGAGGAGGUGGCAUUUGACUGGGGUUUCGAAUAUUCAGAAAAUUUGGAUGGACAAAGAAGACAACGCAGCAGAUAUUCCAAGCUAGAAAGCAUGACGAAUAUAACGUAUUCCCCAUCUCCUACCAUACAUGAGAGAAAAUUAAAAUAAGAAUUGGAUCAAUUUCCCCACAGACCUGGGGGCUAGAGACGGAACCUUUUUCUUUUCCCCGGGGCAUAGGAUUAUCGCUUUUCAAGAUCAUUAAGUUAGAGUUUUGUGGGUCUAGGUUGUCACCGUCAUUGGAAGCAAUAAUGUAUUCUCCAGCUUUUCAUGGUAAGUGCCAGGUUCUUGUCCUUGUUGGGGCAUCCCCUGGACCACCAGAUACAGACUGACUCUUGCCAAGUGAGCAGAUUACAUGCCCGAGUGUAAAAUGCUUUUCACACUGGUCUCCAUGUGGCUGUUUGAGAUUUUAUUCAUUUUAUACACGUCCAUCUAGCACCAGAGAAUGCCAUCCUCUUCAGAAGGUCAGCAGUUAAAUUUUAAGUCAGUUUUGAGUGGAGAUAAAUGCUUGUUCUUUUGCUGUUUGAGUAGGGUAACACGCCCUGUAUCUAGGCUGGACGAGAGUUCAGAAUUUGCACCCUGUAUCACAGCAACUAGGGGAGGGACAGUGAGCUCAGUUCUGCUGUUAAUGCAGCGGCGGUAGCCCCUCUUGGUGCUACCUGAAAGGAAAGCCAGCCCUGGGAGUGGAGAUGAAAGGGGUUCCAGGGAGAGGUGAGCAGAAAUGGGCAGGUUGAGGUUUUGCAGGAAGCUCUCAGCUGAACCCUAGCAAGGAGUGGGCUCGCCUCCAGCCCUGCCCCUGUUCCUGAGGCUGUUUCCAGAAGCUGCAUUCAGCCCGGUUUACACAGUGGUUUUACUGAGAUGCAUGAGGAACAUACCCUCUCUCUGUCCUCCUCCUCGAAUCCUGCUGCUCUCUUUCCCUCCUGUCCUUCCAAGAGAGGCGUCCUGGCUCUCCCUAAGUCUGCCAGGCCUUUUCCAUCCGCCCUUCCUGGGCACAGGACAGCUGACCACAGGGUAAGGGUAACCUGUUCAGCAAGUGACUGGCGCCCGAGGUACCUCUGUGUUCUGUCUGUGAGCUCCCUCUCACCAACUCCAGCUAACCUCUCUUCCUUCUGCCUCUUCUCUUCUGCUAACCUGCUUGCUGACCU